GAAAAAUUGUUUUUCCAUUGCAUAACCUGCAAUUAAAAUUGUGUAACUAGCGCUCAGUAGAUAUUCUUAACAAUUAUUGGAAGCAGUUUACCUGAGAAUUUACAAUUUACUGGUUAUUUAUAUCGCAAGAAUGUCUGUAUCUACUGAAGAUUUAGUAUUGUGGGUAGAUCGAAUGAUGAAAGAAAGAAACAUUUUGAUUUAUAAACUAGACAAAUGUAGUGGUUCUACAAGAGGCGAUGGAUAUUUGGGGGAAGUGAAUUUUAUUGAAGUGGUUGUCAAUUCAUCAGAUGUGGGCGAGGAGAAGGUCUAUAAUUUGGUGAUUAAAUCGGCGAAUAAAAGUGAAAUCUUCAGGAUGAAAACUCCUAUUCAGGAAGCAUACUACAGGGAAAUGUUUAUGUAUACCAAAGUGUUCCCGAUGCUCAACGAAUUCCAAAAAGAAUACGCUUUGGAAGACCCUUUCGAUCAGUACGCGAAAUGCUACAGUACCUGUCAAGACGAUAAGAGAGAGGCGCUGAUCCUCAAGAAUCUGAAAUCCCUCGGCUUCGAAGUACACGAUCGAACAAUCCCUCAAAAUUUGAACCACGUCCUAUUCGUCUUCAAAACCUACGGAAAACUCCACGGAACGUCUUUAGCAAUGAAGACCAAGAAACCAGCAUUGUUCAAGAGCAUGACCAAAAACAUGACUGACGUCCUGGCAACUUUCAUCAUCCAGGCCGAUAUGAUUGGGAAUUUCGUUGAGGAGUUCAAAGGAGCUAGAGAAAUAUUGAAGAAACUUGGAGACUCAACGCUGGCAACAAAGUUCGAGGGGUUUGAGGACCAGAUAGUAGAAGCACUUACGCGAAUGUGUUUUCCUGAUGAGCCAGAAUCUGUGAUCCUUCAUGGAGAUUGUUGGAAUAACAACAUGAUGUUCAAAUAUAAGGAUUCUAACAAAACUCAACCUGUCAGCAUGUGCUUCAUCGACUUCCAGCUGUCAAAAGUAGCAUCCCCCAUCCUCGAUCUGUCUUACUACCUCUACACCGUGGCGGAUAGAUCAGUUCUUGAUAAUUUCGACUUCCUCCUCCAGGCCUACUAUCGAAGCCUCUCGGACCAUUUGAAGCAUUUCGGAAUCAUCGCUGAAGACAUAGUCACGUUCGACGCUCUGAAAAGCCAGUGGAAAACGUACGGAAAAUUCGGACUGGCAAUGGCGCCCUUCAUUAUCAAAAUCGAAUUGUGUCAAUCAGAUGAGGUUGUUGACUUUGCAGAGUCUGUUGAAAAGGGAGAGUUGAAGGACGCGCUCAAUAUUCAGAUCAAAAACCAGGAUGAAUUCGAGAGGAGGAUAAAAGAUGUGAUGGAACAUUUCGCUGAAGAGUUCCUCUGAUGUUACUAUACUACUAUGUAGUAUCUCCAUUAUACCCAUCCAUAUCAUUAUUAUAUCUUAGAGAUGGUCAAAUGAUGUAGAUAAAAUAAUUAUUAAUAAUUGCAUACUACAGUGG